AUUCUCAUCACUUUUCCUAUUAUUAACCCCCCACAACACCUGUACCAUUAUAACCAUCUGUGCACCAAUUUUUCCUGUGCUUCUAUUUAUUGCAAACCCGUCUUUGAUCCCCGAUUUCAAGUUCCCAGACUCUAACCCUUACUUUUCUAAAAUCUCCCCCCUGUUUCCCUUCUCCAAUGGGGUCUGGGAACUCGAAGCUCACCCCAGAAGGAGAGACAAUGCCCGCCAGAAUUCGUCCCGUUAUACACCGUUGGUUUGAGGAGAUAAAAAGACGUAGAAAUGCUAACAUGUCCAAGAAAGGACUACUUAAAAAUGCUGUGGAAGGGGAAGAAAGUUCAGGCCGGCCUCGUUCUCUACAUGAUAGAGAGAGCGAGAGCACAUCUUCAUUGCAUAAAAAUACAGCACCUUCAAAGGCAGCUAUGCCGGUCGUGGAAGAGAAGUCUGAUGCGGCAGUAGUACCCAGGCCUUUGGUGUCCGUCAAAACAAAUAAAGAAUCCAAGGAGCAUAAACAUGAUCCGGAGAUAUGUGGGAAACGGGACGUAAAAGGUGGCCGUGGAGAAGAAGAUGAAGAAGAAAAAGAAAACAAGGUGGUUGAGAAGGUCGUGGUUGUAGAGGAAGUGGUUGCGGUUCAUGAGGAGGAUCAUCAUGAUCAGGAAACAACAGAGGAGGAGGAGGAGGAGGAAGAUGAUGAACCAGACACGUACAUUUGCCCGGGAUCAUCGCCAAGUUUCAGAGUAUAUUGCGUCCACUCAACAGAUGAUGAGGAUGAGGAGGAGGAAGAGAUCAGCAAGAAAGGCAGCAGGCACAAAAAUUCACCCAGCACUGGUGAUAGUUUCGAGAGCAAUUUUAGCGAGGACCAGGAGAUCACGAGGACAAAGAAGAUCAAAGGAAACAAAGGAAGAAGAUUGAAGAGAGCAAUCCGUAAGAGCGGACCAGCUGUAAAGAAUCUAUUACAUGUGGCGACAUGUUACCACCCAGCGUGCUCUGGCCAGGAUAGAGCCCAUCUUCUUGAAGAAAAAGCACAAGCUGCUUGAUUAUCCUAUUCCUAGCAAUGCACAAGCUUUUUCAAUUUCCUCCAGCUUCUUAAUUUGUAGUUUCAAUGGCCUUUUUUAAUCUACUUUUCGUCUUAAUUAUUGUCAUGAUCUUCAUUCAAUCAUACUCGUUGAAAGUAGUAAUUAGUAUAUUUGAUAGUUUGAUGUGUCAAGUAUUUGAAUGGCAGCCACUUAACAUAUGCCUGUCACAUAAUUAAUAUGUAUAAUUAGAGAUGACAAAUUAAUCUUAGCCUUCUUAACCUCCUACUUCAAUGUACUUUUAGUGAUAGGUUGUAACCUCAUCAAUAUAUUUCUUCUGCAUCUAUUAAUAUCACUCUUUUGUUCUAGUA